AUGGCGCAUAGAGACGAUGACGAAGAGCAGGGUUAUGAAUCCAACGUAUACAAUCCUGAUCAUUGUCUUUUGGAUCAUGAUGCAGUAUUCGGAAUGAUUGAAGAUGAUAUAAAUGAAGAACGAAUGGUAUCUAUGGAAAAUUAUGAAAAUAAUCCUCGUGAUGAUAUUCCUGGUCCGAUUUCUUUUCUCUUGAGAGGAAGUAAUUCUGGAUCCAACCAUUUAACUCAUCACCACACCUUGACAGCAACACAACAACGACAACCUUUGAAUGCUAAAAAACAAAGAAAACCAACAUUACAUGAAAUGGAAAAUUGGAAAGAAAUGAAAAGUAUUGUGGAACAGAGAGGACAAACCAAGUUUCUAACGUCAUUGGAAAAGAUUCAAAAUAAUCGUUCUACAACCUCUAAAGAAAAGAUUCCACUUUUACCAGUAAUUAUCAGACAAAUAUUACAUUAUGAUAGUAAUGAAUCAGCCCAUGUUCUUUUUGGAGAAUUGGAAUCAGAUACUGAAAUUGAAGGAACUAUUUCUAAAAAAGCCAUUGAAAAGAAUACUAACAUUUUGACUGUUGGAACUGUUGUUUUAUUGAAAAAGAUUCAAAUAUAUUGUCCUAAACCUUUAAAGUUUCACCUGAUUAUUUCUGAAAAGAAUACUGCCAAGGUUUGGGUGAGUGAAAAUGAGGAAAAUUCCAUGCUUGUUGAUAACAACAGAUCGAACAAGCAUGAAAGAAAUGGUGAUGAAUUUACUUUUGAUAGAAAUAUUGAUAGUUUGGAUGAAUUUACUCCAACCAGAUUUUUGAAUCAGCACAAAGAUGAGGAAGAAGAGGAAACUCUAUCCUCUCAACCAGUAAUAAUGAAACAAUUUAAUCCACCACCAGUUCAACAAUCAAAACCUAUUUCACAACAUCAACCUCCUCCAACAACUGGAAAAACCACCUUUAUCAAACCAAAACCACCCACAUUUUCCACUCCUCAACAACAAGACAAUCCAUUCUCUUCCAAAUUUAAACCAGUUGAAACACCUCAAAUUACUUUGGAUGAUGAUAGUAAUUUGGAUUUAUCCCAACCAUUCACAACACCUCGAACCAACUAUGCUGCAUCACCAGAAGUUGUCUCUACUCACAAGCGUAAAGUUGACUCAAUAUCCUCACAAAACUCACUCAAUGACAGUGGAGGAAAGAGAAGAAAAUCACCACUCGAUGAAGAAUCUGCCCUACUCAAAGACUCUUUCAAUGAUCCACUCUUUGAUGAUAGUUCUAAUCAUUCCCUCUCUGUUCCAUCCUCACCACCCCUUAUCAAUAAUAGUGAUCAACUAGACAACCAGCAGCAACUGGAAACUCCAAAACCAGCAGGUAAUAUUAUUGUUCCUCCUUUCACACCUCCAAUAUUUAACAAGACUCCACCUCUUGCAACCAGUACUCCCACCAACAACUUAGCUAGUCUUAAUCUGAGUGGUAUCAGUAAUCUCUCCUCUCAAAAGUCUGUUACCAAUACUAAGCAAGUUGUUCCCUCAAGUAAUCCCUUUACUAAUAAUAAUAAGAUGUCUACCAAAUCGUCUUCCUCCAAUACUACGGCUGCAACAUCUAAUCCUCCGAAAAAGACUGUUCUCUUCCAUGACGAUGAUGAUGAUCCAUUGGCAGGUAUAUUGGACGGAGAGGAUUUAUUUCCAUCCAAUCUUAGUUCUAAAUCGACAUCAUCUCUAUCCAGUAGUAGUAGUGGAAAUAUUACUGCCCCAACCACUAUUCCAAACAAACAAACCUCAACAGUUGCAUCCACAACAACAUUUAAACCACCUCCUCCACAACAACAAGUGCAGCAGAAAGCAAAUCUUCCGUCUUCAACAACAACCACUAGAAAACAACUCAUUGACGAUGAUGACGAUCUGUUGGCAGGUAUUUUAGGUGAUGGAGGUGAGUCUCUCUUCAAUGAUUCUCCACUCGUAAAGCCAAGCAAACAAACCUCAACAGUUGCUACUACUUUUAAGAAACCACAACAACAAGCUCCUCCAAAGAAGAAGACCAUUCAAUAUGAUGAUGAUUUUUAA